AUGGAUGCCAACGACCUCUCUGAGUCAGUUGCUCUUGAAGCAAACUUCACAUUCGUGGUUCGAGAUGCCAAGAAAGGCAAGUCAACUCCAAUUAACCCAAUAUUGCCAGAAACUGAACAUGAAAAGUUUCUCUGGAAAGAAACAGAAAAGAGGAACAAACUACGAAAACAAAAGAGAGCAGAGAGAAAAGAAGAGCGUGAGAAGUUGAAGGACUUAGAGAGGGUAAAUGAGUUAUUAGCAAAAGGACGAGUAUUCCAGGACAUGCCAGAUCUUGCAGAUCGGGACAGCAUCCUGAUUAAGGACACUUCCCAUGAAAACUCAUUGAUAUGUCAGCCGCAGCAAUAUAAUAAACAUGGUAGAAUAUUUGGAGGCUUCUUGAUGCGCAAGGCCUUUGAGCUGGCCUUCUCCAAUGCUUACACUUUCGCUGGGGUGGAAGUUGGGAACUUCCUUCGUUUCAAAUCAAGAGUACUGUACACAGAAGCUAACAGAUCAGCUAAACCACUGAUAAACAUCGAGGUUGUAGCUCAUGUUACAAGUCCAGAGCUCAGGUUGUGA